GACGCCUCAGAUCAUUUUCGAGAAAAUCUGACGUUCCAUAUAUCUUCUUCCACAACCAGUAUAAAUUGUCAUUUUGGAGUUCCCGAGGGGCGAAACUUGGCGCCAAAAAAAAUUGCUUCUUAACCUGCUUUUUUCACCGCUAUCACCGUGCCUUCUCGCUCUCUGCCUAUCGAUCUGAAAAUGCAGCGCCAAAAACCGAUAUUCUCGUCCUCGCAAAAGCCUUCGUCGGCGGGCCAAAACGUCGCCGUCGGAGAGCUAAAAUGCCGAGGAGCUUCUCAGUUUCCUUCAACUCAGAACCAGAAUGGCGACGUUUGUGGCUCGUCUGUAGAAGUCACUGGAACUGAUACUCCGCCGGAGAAGGAGACUCGCAAGGUGUUUCCGGAGAACUUCGCAACGAAUGUUGGUGGUAGUGGCUCUUCUUCCCUGUUUUCUAGUAUCAUGCACAAGUUUGUGAAGGUUGAAGACCAAGGAAAAGGAAGUCGGAGGAACCAUGCAGGUGUCGAUUGUUCGAAUGUAGAAGAAUUGCCUAAAGUGGGGUUAACCUCUCAACCAACAGAAAAGACCAAUGUUAUAAAUGUUGAGGAUGGUGAUGAUCUCAGGCCAGAAACACCUGCUACAAAACCUGGUGUUUCUCGUUUGAAGCGGAUUCAAGAUUAUUUCCCUAAGUUUGGGGAUAAGAAGGAUAGUUCUGUAUUAGAUUCCGGUAAAAGAGUAAAGCUUAUCCAGGAAUCUAUUGUCGGGAACAAUAAUCAUAGGAAUGAUACUGAUGCUGCUAGGAAAUUUGGAUGGCUUGAUCCUUCUUGCAUCAAGGAUGCUAAUAGUGCGGAUAAAAAGGAUAGUUCUUUAUUAGACUCCAGUAAAAGAGUAAAGCUUCUCCAGGAAUCUAUUGUUCGGAACAGUAAUAAUCAGAAUGGUACUGAUGUUGCUAGCAAAUUUGGAUGGCUUGAUUCUUCUUGCAUCAAGGAUGCAAAUGGAAGAAGGCCUUGUGAUCCCCUUUAUGACAAGAAGACUCUUUAUAUACCUCCUGAUGUUCUCAAGACAAUGUCAGCAUCUCAAAAACAAUAUUGGAGUGUCAAAUGUCAAUAUAUGGAUGUUGUUAUCUUCUUUAAAGUGGGGAAAUUCUAUGAGCUCUAUGAGAUAGAUGCUGAAAUUGGCCACAAUGAGCUUGAUUGGAAGAUGACAAUAAGCGGAGUGGGCAAAUGCCGCCAGGUUGGUAUAUCAGAAAGUGGAAUCGAUGAUGCUGUUCAUAAGCUGGUUGCUCGUGGAUACAAAGUGGGACGUGUGGAGCAGUUAGAGACAUCUGAGCAAGCAAAAGCUAGGGGUGCAAAUUCUGUCAUUCGGAGAAAAUUAGUUGAAGUGAUCACCCCAUCAACAACAGUUGAUGGUAACAUUGGACCCGAUUCUGUUCAUCUACUUGCUAUUAAGGAGGAAAACUAUGGGGUUGAGAAUGGUUCAACUGCAUAUGGGUUUGCCUUUGUUGAUUGUGCUGCUCUAAAAUUUUGGGUUGGCUCCAUCAGUGAUGAUGCUACCUGUUCUGCUCUGGGAGCUCUCUUGAUGCAGGUGUCCCCUAAGGAAGUCAUAUAUGAAAGAAGAGGGCUGUCCAGAGAAGCUCAUAAAGCACUCAAGAAAUACUCAUUUAGCGGAUCUACUGCAGUUCAACUGAGUCCUGGAAACCCUACUGAUUUUCUGGAUGCUUCUGAAGUUAGAAAUAUGAUUCAGUCGCAUGGUUACUUAAAGGGGUCACCUAAUUCAUAUAUUAAAGCUUUUGACGGUAUAGUGCACCAUGACAUUGCAGUGUGUGCUCUUGGUGGAUUGGUCAGUCAUAUGUCACGAUUGAUGCUGGAGAGCAUUUUACAGAGUGGAGAUGUUUUACCCUACCAAGUUUACCAAGGUUGCCUCAGAAUUGAUGGCCAGACACUAGUAAAUCUUGAGAUUUUCAGUAAUAAUGCUGAUGGUGGUUCUUCAGGUACAUUGUAUAAAUAUCUUGAUAACUGUGUGACCUCAUCUGGAAAACGCCUUUUAAGGAGCUGGAUUUGCCAUCCACUAAAAGAUGUUGGUAGCAUUAAUAACAGGCUAGACGUGGUUGAAAAACUUAAGUCACAUAUAGAAAUUAUGUUAAUCAUUCCUCAGUAUCUUCGCAAACUUCCCGACUUGGAAAGGUUACUCGGACGUGUUAAGGCUAGCGUCCAAUCAUCGGCUUCUCUUCUUCUUCCCAUGAUAGGCAAAAAAGUAUUGAAACAACGGGUAAAAGCUUUUGGUACACUUGUCAAAGGUCUCGGGAUUGGAAUGGACUUGUUAAGGCUAUUUCAGAAGGAUACAAAUAUGGAAUCUCCAUUAUCAAAAGUUUUUGAACUUCCAAUUCUAAGUGGUACUAACGGGCUUGAUGAAUUCCUUACUCAAUUUGAAGCAGCUAUAGAUAGUGACUUCCCAAAUUACCAGAAUCAUGAUAUAACAGAUGCGGAUGGUGAAACACUUUCUAUACUGAUCGAGUUAUUUAUUGAAAAAGCUUCUCAAUGGUCUCAAGUUAUUCAUGCCCUAAACUGCAUCGAUGUCCUAAGAUCUUUUGCAGUAACUGCAAGUUUAUCAUCUGGGACCAUGGCAAGGCCUGUUGUAUUGCCCCCGUCAAAUACCAUGACUUCAAACCAAGAAACAGGACCAGUGCUUAAAAUUACAGGACUUUGGCACCCAUUUGCCCUUGGGAAGAGUGAGGUACCACCUGUUCCAAACAACAUUUUCCUUGGUGAGGGUGUAAAUGACUGUCAUCCCCGUGCUUUGCUAUUGACUGGACCGAAUAUGGGUGGAAAGUCAACUCUUUUACGUGCCACUUGUCUGGCUGUUAUACUGGCCCAGCUGGGUAGUUUUGUUCCCUCUGAGACAUGCAUUAUCUCACUUGUGGAUACAAUCUUUACAAGGCUUGGUUCUUCUGAUCGAAUAAUGACUGGCGAGAGUACCUUUCUUGUGGAGUGCUCGGAAACAGCAUCAGUUCUUCAAAAUGCUACACAAGAUUCCCUUGUUCUUCUUGAUGAGCUGGGUAGAGGAACAAGUACUUUUGAUGGAUAUGCGAUUGCAUAUGCAGUGUUCCGCCAUCUUGUCGAAAAGGUUCAUUGCCGGCUGUUAUUUGCAACACAUUACCAUCCGCUGACAAAGGAAUUCGCAUCUCACCCACAUGUUACACUGCAACACAUGGCUUGCUCUUUUCAGUCGACAUCUAAAGGCGAGCAAGAGCUUGUUUUCCUAUAUCAGCUCACUAACGGAGCAUGCCCGGAGAGUUAUGGUAUGCAAGUUGCAAUGAUGGCCGGGAUCCCGAAAAAUGUAGUUGAAGCUGCCUAUAAGGCUGCACAAGUAAUGAAAAGAACUGUUGGGGAGAGUUUUAGGUCAAGUGAACAAAGAUCAGAGUUCUCAUCUCUCCACGAAGAGUGGUUGAAGACCCUUGUAAAUCUUUCAGAGGUUCGAAAUCGUGACUUCGACGAUGGCGAUGCUUAUGACACGAUGUUCUGCUUGUGGCAUGAGCUAAAAAAAUUCAUAUGGAGUCGGAAACUAAGUACAAAAGAAGCUUUUGAUUUCCAGAUUGCAUUGCAGGGUCCCUUUUCCCCCCUAAACAUGUACAUGUUCAUUAUCUGUUAUAUGAUUCUGCUGUUUUAGGGGGUCUUUUGCCCGUAAUAACAUUUUUAUUUUUGUUUUCUUCAGUCCUAUUUUACGGUCCAUGUUCGGGAUUCGUAAUUAUCAUUCUUAAAGACUCGAACUUGCAUCCUCACACUGGGAGUGCAACGUGCUUUGUC